ACAGAUCAAUUGAUACAGGCCCCGGAUCGAUUGAGAUCCCAGGAAACCCAACAAAUACAUCUUUGAGAAGCUCGGCUGGGGGCAACUAAGCAAGAGUGUAGAACCGUUAUUCAGAAGCAUCACCCGCGAGUUUCUGGCCACAUACUCGUGCUACUUUCCGGCGGACAACUCGAUAGACGAGGCUUAUAUGGAGUUCCGGUUAAACAAGAAGUGGGUCUGAUUGAGCAUGGCCCAAUUUGCAGACAUUCUGGAGGUCCCCAAGGGGAAGCACUCUAUCAUUCCCACCAUAUCAGCAUACGUACUGCAAGACUUUUGGGAGAAGAUAGCUAUCCGGCGCUAUUCGAGCUCUGCGGGAAAGAUCUCAUGGGUGCAACAUCCGGCAAUCCGCUACGCCCAUUCAGUGAUGUCUAACUUCAUCUUCGCAUGAGAUGAGCCCGGCAAGAUCCACAAAAUCGAGUUGGGAUAUCUCUACGAAGCACUCCGGGAGUUCCAUGAAGGACCAUCACUUGACUCCUGUGUUCGGGCUCCGUGGUCGGAUAUGGACUUGGCCUCGCGGAUAGCCAUGCAUCUACACACAUUGGCCCACACAAGGCCAACGAGACAUGCAUUUGCGUGGGCGGUAUGACCACAAAGAUAGCUCAACGGGUGGACACAGGAAUCACCUUCUUUCAAGCCGACAUCGUCGAUACCAAUAUCCUCCUGAACAUGGAAGCUCUUCGACUCAGAGGACAUAUUCGACGAAAGGGGUCCGAAUGGGUUUACACGGGAGAUGACGGAUUGAAGAGAUACAUAAUGCUCCCGAGCAAUUCCUUAGAGGUGUUCACACCCGCAACGCUGCGACUAGACUUCCUCGACAUCGCUCCAGCUCGAGUAAGAGACCCGAGGGGAAGAAGAGGUGGGGCACCGACCCAAGGCAAUGAAGGUCCAUCAACAUUCGCCCCCGAUCCUCGAGUGGACCUCAUCCUGCAGAACCUACAAAGCUUCGACACCCGUCUCACCGCCAUCGAAGAGCUAGGCCCCCGACUCACAUCGAUCGAAGAAUCAAUGGAGGACCAGUUCUCCACUCUAGAAGCCAUCUUCACCACUUCUAUCGAGAGCACUCAGCGUGAGAUCAUCCACACAAUGGAGAGAAUGAUGGAUGAUGAAGACUUUGACGUGGGAGAAUCAAUCCAAGGAAGUGACACCGAAGCCUAAUUCGCAUCAGGAACCAGCAAUGGGAGCAAGAAGACGGCUCCUUGACUCGAUGAUCAUUAGGAUAGAACGCUCUAUGCUUUCCGUUGAACUAUGUUUAGACGUGUUCUUUAUGACCCGUGACUUGUGUUCUU